AUGGCGACCGCCGCUCACAUCCUCCUUGGAGUGACACUAUUACAGUGCGUCCAUUCGCUGCACUAUAGACCAGAUGUCGAUCAGCAAUCCUUUCAGCAAGGCGAUCCUGUCUUUUUAAAGUACAACAGUCUAACAUCUAUUGAGACUUUAAUUCCUUUGGAUCCAUACUCGUUACCCAUCUGUCAACCCGAAGGUGGGCCAAGGCUGGACAGCGAGAAUAUAGGAGAGUUCUUGCGAGGAGAUCGUAUCGAGUCUUCUCCUAUUCAAUUGCGAUUCAAAGAGGACAUGUACUGCCAACAACUUUGUAUCACGAACCUCGGUCGCGAGGAGGUGCCAGGCAUGGCACCAAACAAGAUGGCCAUGGCUAUUCAAAAGGGGUAUAAAUACAACGCGAUUGUGGACAAUUUGCCGGCAGCUUCGAAGAUGGAAAAUGAUGUUGUCGUUGUCACGAAAUAUUGGCAAGGCUUUCCAUUGGGGUAUUUGCAAGACGUGACAAACUUGGCUCAUGUGAACAAUCAUUUCAACAUUGAGAUCAUGUACACUCCAGUCGAAGGAGCACCAAAUGCCUAUAAUAUUGUGCGUUUUACAGUGGAGCCAUUUUCCAUUGGACACGAUUUCGAGCCCUACGACUAUUCCGGUCCUACCUAUGCCCGCAUUAUCAAUCCCAUACAGAGCUGCAGCAGGCAGGUUCCACCUCGAGAUCGCGUGCACACCAACUAUGACAUGAUCUAUUUUAGAGGUGGCAAUCGGACAAGGCAUCAAAUCGCCAGUGGCCAAAUUUUGUUCACUUAUGAUGUCUUAUGGAUUGAGAACAAAGAUCAAGACUGGGCGUCUCGUUGGGACAUUUACUUAUCGAUGGACAAUGGUGUGCCAAAAAGGAAUCAUUGGCGGUGUGCAAUUCUUGGUCUCUUGCUUGUGAUUAUUUUGUCGGGCUGUCUUUCCUGUAUUCCCAUUGUGAAUCUUGGAGGGAGCCGAAAACCAAUUUAUGGUAGUUUAUCAACGGCUGAAGAUGGACCAUCUAACACUGGAUGGAAGGCACUUCAUGAGGACGUCUUUCGACCACCAGAAUACUUUCCUCUAUUGUUCUGCGUCGCUUGUGGAACAGGAGCUCAACUCUUUUGCACGAUGGUCAUUGUGGCAGUGCUAGCAUUUGUAGGCACUUUAAGUUCCGCUCGAAGAGGCUCCAUUGGGACUGCGGAAAUAUUCUUUUAUGCCGCCAAUGGCUAUGUGGGCGGCUACGUGACUUCGACUUUGGAUCAGACGUUUCAUGCUGAAGGCGGCCGACGGGCGGCCUUGUACACGGCAUCUGUCUUUCCAGGCUUGUGUUUUAUGGGUUUUCUGCUGGUGGAUCUAAUGGAAUGGGCUACUAUACCCGGUGCGGUUUCGAUGAUUGGAAACAACUGUGCGACAUACAUUAUUCUGCUGUUCCUCUGGUCCGCCAUGUUAACGCCGUUGGUAUUGCUGGGUGCCCGUCGCGCAGCCAAAACAGGUCCUAUUGAAUUCCCAGUUGAGACUUCAGCUAACACACCACGCCGUAUUCCUGAGCAGCCCUGCAUUUUGUUGAAGCCCAUACCAAUAAUUUUUGGAGGCUUUGGGCCCUUUCUGAUUUCAUUCGUGGAGUUGUACUACUGUCUGUAUUCCAAGUGGGCCGGCUACUUCUAUGCCGAGUAUGGGUUCCUGCUCUGGACACUGAUCAAUGUAUUCAUCAGCACUUCGCAGAUUGCAAUGCUGCACACUUAUCACUUGCUGAAGAAAGAGAACCAUCGAUGGUGGUGGCGCUCUUUCUUUACAGGAGGUGCUGCUGCAAUUUGGGCGUCUGCUUGGAUGCUGACAAUGCUUCCUCGGGAGCUGGAGCUUAGCGGCUUUGCUUCUAAAUUCAAGUAUAUGACAUUCACAUUGUUGAUGGUUGUAGCUAUGUUCAUGAUGACGGGAUCGUUUGCAGUUGGUGCAUGUUUGAUGUUCAACAAGGCUUUGUUCAAUUCCAUCAAGAAUGAACUAGGAAAUGUGGAAGCACGCAUUGAACUGUUGCCGACUGAUGACCACGAAAUCAGCUCCCGAACCUAA